AUGCCAUCGCGGCCGUGUGGGUCCCUUGCUCAGCGCACUGUCAAGGCGAUUCGGCACAGAAUCGGACUUCGAGUCACACAUGUCGACGCAAGCGCACCGUCCGCUGCUCCAACUUCCGAGGCAAGACCCAUUCUAAACUCUAUCUCUUCUACAUCUCCUUUGCAUCUCCUCGCACCCCAUUCGCCGCCUUUGCCCGCCUCCACCUCCAUCACACGUCAACGCUCCAUCGACUCUUUUAUCGUCCUCACGCCACCUGGCCAAUUGCGUGACCACGGCUCCUACGUCGGCAUCCACUCUACAGGUUUCCGUGACUUCCUUCUCAAGCCGGAGCUCCUCCGAGCCAUCUCCGACCUCGGUUUCGAGCACCCUUCCGAAGUCCAGCAGGAAUGCAUCCCGCAGUCGAUCCUCGGCAUGGACGUCGUGUGCCAGGCCAAGUCCGGUAUGGGUAAGACGGCCGUGUUCGUGCUGGCCACGCUGCAGCAGAUCGAGCCCGUCGACGGCGAGGUGUCGGUGCUGGUGCUGUGCCACACGCGCGAGCUGGCGUACCAGAUUCGCAACGAGUACGCGCGAUUCACCAAGUACAUGCCCGACGUGCGCACGGGCGUCAUCUACGGCGGCACGCCCGUCGCCGAGAACCAGGCGAUGCUCAAGGACAAGACCAAGUGCCCGCACAUCCUCGUGGGCACGCCCGGCCGCAUGAACGCGCUGGUGCGCGACAAGAGCCUCAAGGUGUCGGGCGUCAAGCACUUUGUGAUUGACGAGUGCGACAAGAUCCUCGAGCAGGUCGACAUGCGCCGCGACGUGCAGGACAUCUUCCGUGCCACGCCGCACCACAAGCAGGUCAUGAUGUUCUCGGCCACGCUCGCAAAGGAGGUGCGCCCCACGUGCAAGAAGUUCAUGCAGAACCCUCUGGAGAUUUAUGUGGACGACGAGACGAAGCUGACGCUGCACGGACUGCAGCAGCACUAUGUGCGUCUGGAGGAGUCGGCCAAGAACCGCAAGCUCAACGAUCUGCUCGACUCGCUCGAGUUCAACCAGGUGAUCAUCUUUGUCAAGUCGAUCUCGCGCGCCAACGAGCUGGACAAGCUGCUGCGCGAGUGCAACUUCCCCUCGAUCUGCAUCCACGGCGGCCUGGCGCAGGAGGAGCGCAUCAAGCGCUACCAGCAGUUCAAGAACUUCGAGAAGCGCAUCCUCGUCGCCACCGACAUCUUUGGCCGUGGUAUCGACGUGGAGCGUGUCAACGUCUCGAUCUCGUACGACACGCCCACCGAUGCCGACUCGUACCUCCACCGUGUGGGUAGGGCGGGUCGAUUCGGCACCAAGGGUCUCGCCAUCAUGUUUGUCAGCUCCGACGAGGACGCCGAGGUGCUCAAGCAGAUCCAGUCCAGGUUCGAGGUCGCCGUGCCCGAGCUGCCCGAGACCAUCGAGGCGUCCACUUACAUGUCGGCCUGA